AUGUCAAUCCGCUACAACCCGAAACUGUUUACCAUUGAGAAUCUUUUGCGUACGGACAAGCGCAGUCAGCUUAUUGAGAUAUCUGAGCAAGCUACAAACUCAAGAGACAUCACAGUAGCGCUCGGCAGAAAUGCAUUCGACUCGACAAGGCCUGGGGCAAUAGAUGCGACGCGAGUCAUCAAUCCACUAGAGCUUGAGAUUCGACUGAAUCCUGUUCAUUUUGCACCCUCUCAAGCCGAGCCACCGAUGCAUUACGAUUUAGAAAAUAGUCCAAGGAUUUCGAUUACGUUCAUGUCCAAUCAAAAGGAAGAACACGCGAAGAACCCUCGUUCCCCUUAUCAGGCAGACCAAGAUUCACUCGCUAUCCCGGACCUCUCUCCAUCUAUCGGAAAAGGUUCAGAAGACAUCGACAUGAUUGAACCAGUCACCCCGCUUACGAGUUCUUUCACUCUCGACUCAAAUACGACAUCGAAAAUAUGUAGAACUUCACUGACGUCUUCACCGUUAAGCGUCGAUGAAGCGGAUGAUGCGGGUGAAGGUCUGUCAUGCGAGUUGUAUGGAAGCAAGUCAGACUUGCACGGCACAGCGCCAUUCUCGCACGACCUGCAGAUACUACAGGCUCAUUGCGAAAGUGCCAUGAUAGAAGAUGUUGUUCAGAAAAUGAGCAUUCCGGUCUCAGCGCCGAGCUCAACACAGCUGGCUUCGCCUUGCGCAGAAAACAUCCUGCCUAGCUCAGCCUUUUUGGACUCAACACAAUCAGAGUCACACUCUUCACCGAGUGUGGACGAAGCGGUAACAAAUCAGGACACCCUCCGAAAGGGGCCAAUCGAUCGUAAAAGCUCAAAUGAAACAACCACUUUCACAUGCGUGCAGUGUCAUCUACCUUUCCCAACUAGGGGCAAAGUAAAGUAA